CUCGAGCCCACUUCAAGCCAGCGUGUUCGAAAACUACAGUGUGCAACACCACUUCCUUGGGCCAUGGUCAUAUCUCGAGCCCAUGCCUUCCUGCACCAUCAUCUUGUGCCCUGAAGUUCUUUAGAUUGCCUGUCGGAUUCGUAUUAUUGAUUCUAUGGCUCGUUCAAGCCUCCUCGCUUGGGCGGUGCUUGCCCUCAUUUGUCUUGAGGUUGAUGCCUUCUACAGCAAGAAUUCUCCUGUCCUUCAGGUUACGGGGAAAACAUACGAUUCUCUCAUCGCCCAGUCCAAUCAUACAUCUAUAGUAGAGUUCUACGCACCGUGGUGUGGACAUUGUCAAAACCUCAAACCUGCCUACGAGAAAGCUGCCAAAAACCUUGCUGGACUGGCCAAAGUUGCUGCUGUGGACUGUGAUGACGAGGCAAACAAACCAUUCUGUGGACAGAUGGGUAUCCAAGGAUUUCCCACUCUGAAAAUCGUCAAACCCGGCAAAAAGCCAGGACGACCCAUUGUCGAAGACUACAACGGACCCAGAUCAGCAAAAGGCAUCGUGGAGGCCGUUAAGGAUAAGAUACCCAACCACGUCAAGAGAUUACAGGGCGAAGCUCUCGAAGAGUGGUUGGAAGAUCCUUCUACCCAUGCAAAGGCCCUCAUCUUCACGGACAAAGGGACCACUAGCCCCCUCGUCAAAAGCCUGGCCGUAGACUUUCUUGGAAACAUUGCUUUUGCCCAGAUAAGGCACAAGGACACUGCUGAGAAAUUUGGUGUGACGACCUUACCCACGGUCCAGCUUAUCCCAGCUGCUGGUGAAGCACCUAUCCCUUAUGACGGCGAAAUUAAUCGGGAGGCCCUGGUGGCGUUUUUCAGUCAAGUUGCGUCGCCCAACCCAGAUCCUGCUCCGAAGAAGGCGAAAUCACCCAAAUCAACAUCGAAGAAGGCGAAGUCCUCGAGAUCUGCAUCCGCGGCAUUUUCCAAAGCCUCCGAAGCUCAUAAAUCAUCCGAUUAUGACGACUUCUUGGGUAGCUCUGGGACGAUUGUACUGGACGAUGAUACGCCAACAGAGUCACCACUUCCUAUCGUGGAGCAUGAGGAGAAGCCCAUGGUUGUCCCAGAUGUGAUACCCCCGAUUCCCACAGCUAGCACUGCUGCCGAGCUUGAAACUGCCUGUUUGACUCCAAAGAGUGGCAAUUGUCUCUUGGUUCUGGUUCCGGCGAGUGCUGAUCCAGAGGAAGUGUCUCAACCCGCGACUUCUGCAUUGGCUGGAAUCGCUGAAAUCGUGCAGAAGUAUAGUAAACGCAAAGCCAAUAUGAUACCCGCCUAUGCGGUCACAGCUGACAACCCAGCUGCGAUCAAAAUUCGACAAGAGUUGGGAUUUGCAGCUGAUGGUAGCCUUGAGAUCGUUGCCUUGAACAUGAAGAGACGGUGGUGGAGAAGAUAUCAAAGCGAGGGCCACAAUAUUCUCGAUCUUGAGAAUUUCAUCGACGCCAUCAAACUAGGAGAAGGUUCGAAGACACGAUUACCUGAUACUUUCGGAGGUUCAGCACCAGAGUCGCCUGCGUCUGAACCAAGUGAAGUUGUUGAGGGUGCUUCGAGUACAGUCCACGAACAAACUGCGUCUACCGAACAUGAUGAAUUGUAACGUUCUUGAGCAAUUCUUUGAUUGAUACUGCACAGACUUGAGAGUCCUGCUUAGACAAUCAGCACCGAGCGAUUGAUUAAUUGCUGAGUCCCAUCAUACCAAUUAUUAUCAUCUGACUCUGAACUAUCCUGACGUUGUCGACUUCACUCGACUCUCAUUUGUGCUUUUGUCGCACCAUCCACUUACUCUGCCCCUCUUCCGCUUCCUGCCCUCCUUUCUCACAUUUCACUG